AUGGAGGUUCUUAAGAUCAAGGUUCUUGGAAAGGGUUCUUAUGGAGUUGUAUAUUUGGUCAAAACUGUAGCUCCAGCUUAUAAUCAAAUUUAUGCGUUAAAGUCUGCUAAUGAAGAAUACUCUUUGUUUUUACGUAAGGAAGAGGAAAUCCUUCUAAAGUUUGUUAAUUGUUCAAAUAUUAUUCAAUGCUAUGGUGGUUUCACAAGUGUUGAACGAGAACAAAGAAUGGUUUACAAUAUAUUCCUUGAAUAUGCUCCAGGAGGGAGCUUGCUAGACUUGAUAAAAAAGUAUGGUGGUAAAAUCCCAGAAAGGGAUGUUAAUUGCUAUACCCAAAUGAUACUCGAAGGGCUUCUGGACAUUCAUGAGAAAGGGUACAUUCAUUCGGAUCUAAAACCAGGUAAUAUUUUGGUUUUCCCUCCUCAACAUUGUACUCGUUUAUCUACUUUAAAGAUUGCAGAUUUCGGAUUAGCUAAACGAGAAGGGGUACAAGAUACAUGGAUUGGGUUUCGAGGUACAAAGUAUUACAUGUCUCCUGAAUCGAUUGUCGGAGAAAUUAGUGGUGCAUUAGAUAUAUGGUCAUUGGGCUGCAUUGUAGUUCAAAUGAUUACGGGAAGAUUGCCAUGGGACACUUGUGAUGGAGAUAAAUUAAACGACAAGCUUUUGAGAGGAGAAUCACCCAACAUCCCGGAAGACAUGUCGGAACUAGGGAAGAGUUUCUUGAAGGAAUGCUUUGUUGUUGAUCCAAACAAAAGGUGGAAUGCUAGUAAGCUACUAUGUCAUCCCUAUCUUCUUCUACCAGAGCACAUGCUUCCCAGGGAUGACCGACAAUCUUUACCAUGUUUUCAACAGAAAAAAGUAUUACGGUCUCGAAAUAUUCCACCACCACCUGGUUUUAACAUUCCUAAUAGUGUCUUGUUGGAAAGGAGAAAAAAUUUAGAGGAACAAAGGGCAAGAAGGAUGAUUAGUUCCUACCAGCAACGAAAAGCUAUGGGAUACUUGUGCGUCUAG